AUGAGCUUGAGCGCGCGAUCGCACUCGGCGUCGAGUCGGGGCUCGUCCAAUAACCUGAUCCAUGGUGGCGGUGGUGGCUCUCGACGCUACCGUCGUGUUGCACAUACGCCGCAGGUGGAUGACACGCUCUUCGGUGAGAAGAACCAGCUACUCAAGAGCCGCAAGAAUGACCGCACGCUCCAAGCUGGAAGGGACAUUGUUGGAGCGCAUCCAGGCGCUUCGUCGAACCAAGAAGGCGGGAAGCGAGUAGUGACCAAGGCCCAACUCGUGGUGGUGCCUGAAGACGAACUCGAGCGCAUCAGGGCCGAGACGAAAAUCCUGACUCCGGCCGAUAUCGAGGCGCUGGAGGCCAAGCGAGAAGCCGAUCAAGAGUAUCAGCGAUUGACGUCGAAGGCUCGCAAAGAGCACAUGCUCAAGCUCAGCGAGGAAGCAGCACAACGAGCUCCGAAGAGCGAGAUUGAGCAAAUUUUCUCCGCUGAGAAGCACGAGAUUCUGCGCCGUGCGCAAGUACUGAAAGACCAGAUGCACGACAGCGUGAAGCUGAUGAAGACGCUCGGCACUCGCGCGCAAGCCUUCACCAUUCGUGAUCAGCAGCUCAAGGUGAAGAAGGAGCUAGAAGAGGAGCACCACGUGUACGACGAGAAGAUGAACACCUUGAUGGAGAUCGAGCGGCUUGAGAGCCUCAAGCGCCAAGAACACCGUGAUGAGGUCAAGAAGCAGAAGCGAUACGCAGAUCGCAAGGUGCUGGAAGACCAGAUCGAAGACCGUCGUCGCCAGCGUCAGAAGGAGAGCGAGAUGAUCGCCCAGGAAGCGCAGGAGAUGUUGGCUAAGAUUCAGCGUCAGCAAGAGGAGGCCGCGGAGAAAGAGAAAACCAAGGCUCUGCGCGCGCAGCGCUCAAUGGAGGAGAUCAAGAGGUUCAACGAGGACAACUUAUUGAGGAAGCAGGAGGUGCAGCGCAAGAUCAAGGAAGAGGAGGACCAGGUGCUAGCGUACCAAAAGAAGAAGGCCGACGAUCUGCGGCGGCGUGAAGAAGAAGAGGCUCAGCGACGUCACGAAGCAGAGCUGCGUUGUGCCAAGCUACGCUCCAUGCAGGAGAAGAUGGCGAACGAGAAGGCUGAGCUCGAUGAACUGCGUGCUAAACGCGCUGCAGAAGCUCGUGAACGGCAAGCGCGUGAAGCUGACUUGGCUUUGGCGAGGAAGCAGAAGGAAGAGAUGGAUGAGUUGCGGCGUGCUCGCAACGCUCAGGCUCUGCACCGUGAACGUGCUCGCGUGAAGGAGGCAACGCUCCAGCAGCGCGAGUACGAGUCGAUCAUGGUGCAGGUCGAGUCGGACAAGGCGCGCGUGAAGACGGAGGACGAGAAACGCAAGCUGGCCAGCAUGGCGCACCGUCGUGUGCUGCAGUCGCAGAUCGAAGAGAAGGAGCGUCUGAAGAAGCUCGCGUUCGUCAAGAAGCAGGAGGAGGGUCAAGCGCUGAAGGAGGAGUUCGCUCGAGAGCUGGAGAAGCUGGAGCGAAUUCGUAUGGAGGAGGUUGGCGAGCUGGUUGAAGCGGGUGUUAACCCGCUGUACCUGUCGGAGAUGAAAGCGCUCGUCAUUGAGAAGCAGAUCCGGUAGACACCGACGCAAUAAACCUUGAUAACCAAUUUCCU